AAAAACAGAAAUGGCGGCCUCUAUCUUGAAUCUUAAUGUCGGUGUUUUGGGCCAUGUCGAUAGCGGCAAAACGUCGUUGGCGAAGGCAGUCAGCACCAUUGCGAGCACUGCCUCGUUCGACAAGAACCCACAGAGUCAGGAGCGGGGCAUAACGAUAGACCUAGGCUUCUCGUCAUUUCAGGUGAGCGCUCCCGAGCACAUCCGAAGCAGCUAUGAGCACCUACAGUUCACGCUGGUUGACUGCCCCGGGCACGCCUCACUCAUCAAGACAAUCAUCGGGGGUGCCCAGAUUAUUGACAUGAUGAUGCUUGUCAUCGACAUUACCAAGGGAAUCCAGACUCAAACGGCCGAGUGCUUGGUGAUCGGCGAAAUAACUUGCGACCAUAUGCUGUUGGUGUUGAACAAGGUGGACCUCCUUCCCGAGAGUAAAAGAGCUGAAAGUGUAGAAAAGAUGACCAAGAAACUGCGAAAAACCUUGGAGAAGACUAAGUUCGCGAAUUCAGCCAUUGUUUCGGUUGCGGCAAAGCCCGGUGGCGGCGCGGAGGAUGGGGGCAUCAAGGAGCCCAUGGGGCUGACCCACCUACUGGAUGCCCUGGCCAAAGCUGCCUACAUUCCAGAGCGCCAGCCACAGGGACCAUUGGUGCUGUCCGUCGACCACUGCUUCUCCAUCCGUGGCCAAGGCACAGUUCUCACAGGCACAGUUCUUGAAGGCAGUGUAUCUCUCAACGAUGUGAUAGAGAUACCUUCCCUCCGGGUGACAAAGAAGGUGAAGAGCAUCCAAGUGUUUCGCAAGCCAGUCAACAAGGCCAUUCAGGGCGACCGCGUCGGGGUGUGCGUCACUCAGCUGGAGGCCGGUCUCCUGGAACGAGGUGUAGUGUGCAGCCCCGGCCACCUGGGCCCCACCCUGUCUGUCCUGGCCAGCGUGAGCGGCAUUGGCCACUUCAAGGGGCCCUGCCUGUCUGGUGCAAAGUUCCACGUGACCUUCUUGCACACCACCAUCAUGGCAAAGGCCACCUUCCUCAGCAGGCCCGCAGGGAAGCCGGAAGAAGACCUGCGCUGGGACGCGGAGCUCCUCGGACACAAGCAAGAAGCAGCAGAGGAACCUGCCAGGGAGACCCUUGUCCUCCUGGAGCUGGAACAGGCGGCCAUUUUGGGACCGAACAUGCUGCUCAUUGGCUCCAAGCUGGACAUGGACGCGCAGGGCCGUGCCUGCCGGCUGGCCUUCCACGGUCGUGUGCUACGCUGCUUCACGGACACGCGCCAGCGCGGCGCCUUUGCAGAUCUCCCGGUGUACAAGCGCAAGUCGAGGGCGGGGGUGGUUGACCGAAUGCUCGGAGAGUCCGAGCUGGUGGUUCGAUCGCUCUUCAAGAAGGACACCGACCUGGCCAGCUUCGAGGGCCUCUGGGUGCGGCUGGACACUGGCGAGCGGGGCACGCUGGGGGGACCCUUCGGGCAGAGCGGGAAGGUCCGGGUCUCCCUCAGGGAUGAGCCAUCGGAGCGUCUGCGCUCCCAAUUUCCACUGGUGGGGCGAGGAAAGAAGGCUCAAGCACCCCAGGGGGACCAUCCCCCAGAGGAACGCAGCCCCAUUGCAGUCACCCUGGAGUUCAAAAAGUACAUUUUUGACCCAAAGAAGAAGAUAGUCCAAGGUAAACUUGCAGCUCAUCAGCCACUGUCAGCACCAGAACCAUGACAAUGUCUGCUUUGUAAAUAUCUUUCCACUUGUUUAAUAAAACACUCAAGCAGCCAGAUUAGGUUUCUUUUGUUUGUCACAGGUAUGAAUAGAAAUGUGGAGAGCUGUGUAA